AUGUCAGAACUUUACAAUGACCUUUUAUGUUUUUUGGCGGUUACAGAUGCAGCAUACUCCCAAAAACUCCGUUCCAGUGCCGAGAGUUUGUACACUUUUGCCAAGACAAUUAAAGGCCUAUACAACAAUGAUAUUUGGGAUGGAGCUAAAUUCUACAAGUCCUCUCGAUACCAAGAUGAAAUGUGUACCAGUGCGACUCUACUGUAUAUGUUGACGAAUGACGCCACCUACCUAACUGAAGCCGAGGCUGCUUAUAAUGAGUACGGCAGCGAUAGCGCCCCCUGGGCUUUUGACUGGGACGAUAAAACUGCUCUGUGUCAAGUCCUUCUCUAUGUAGCAACCCAAAAAUCUGUUUAUAAAUCCAGAACCGAGAGAUUUGUGACGUCAUACAUGCCGGGUGGUUCCCUGCCUUACACAGAUUGUGGUUUGGCCUUCCGGUUGGAAUGGGGCUCACUGCGAUACUCUGCAAACGCCGCCUUCAUCUCGCUUCUAGCAGCACAAAAUGGCAUUGGAAAUGCCGAUGCUUACAAGACAUGGGCAAUGUCCCAGAUUCACUACAUGGUCGGCGAUAAUAACCGGGACUUUAGCUACUUAAUAGGUUAUGGAUCAAGUUAUCCCUUAAAGCCACAUCAUAGUGGAAGUUCCUGUUCUCCUGCGCCUGCGCCCUGUGACUGGAGUACAUACGGAAGCAGCGACCCAAAUCCCAACGUCCUCAGAGGUGCCCUCGUGGGCGGGCCAGACCUUCAGGAUAAUUACGUUGAUGACAGAAAUAAUUUUAAAACAAACGAGGUCACAUGUGACUACAAUGCCGGCUUCCAGUCUGCUGUAGCAGGGUUGCUCCAUUUUGCCUUGAAUGGAAAUCUCCCGGCUGCUCCAGCACGGAAAUCAUCUUGUUUGCCAAUAAACCUUGUUUUAGAAAUUGUUCAUCCGAAAAGCAUGCUCUCGCGUAUCAAGUCAACUGAGAGGUAUAAACUCUGUAUGCAGAUGAAGGUUGGUAACGGUGAACAGGACCAUUCCCUCUGGAGAAGAGCAGAAGACAUAAAAAUCGCCAGACCUGUCUAUUACUUGGAUAGCAACAAAAAAGGAAGUGACGUUGUGGGAGAGACAGUAGCAGCUAUGGCCGCGGGGGCUAUGGUCUUUAAAGAUAAAGAUGCAGCAUAUUCGGAAAAACUUCGUUCCAGUGCCGAGAGUUUGUACAGUUUUUCUAUGAAAAUCAAAGGCCUAUACAACGAUGACAUCAGUGAUGGAGCUAAAUUCUACAAGUCCUCCAUGUAUCAAGAUGAAAUGUGUACAAGUGCGACUCUACUGUAUAUGUUGACGAAUGAUGCCACCUACCUAACUGAAGCCGAGGCUGCUUAUAAUGAGUAUGCCACCGACCUCGCCCCCUGGGCUUUUGACUGGGACGACAAAACAGCAAUGUGUCAGAUCCUCUUGUAUAUAACCACCAAAAAACCUGUGUACAAAUCCAGAACCGAGACAUUUGUGACGUCAUAUAUGCCGGGUGGUUCCCUUAACUAUACUAAAUGUGGCCUAGCCUUUAGAUUGGAGUGGGGUUCACUUCGAUACUCGGCAAAUGCUGCUCUCAUCUCGCUUCUAGCAGCACAAAAUGGUAUCGGGAAUGCUGAAUCGUACAAAACCUGGGCCAUGUCACAAAUUCACUACAUGAUCGGCGACAACAACAAAAACUUCAGUUACUUAAUAGGUUACGGUUCAAGUUACCCCUUAAAGCCGCAUCAUCGUGAUAGUUCCUGUUCUCCUGCGCCUGCGCCCUGUGACUGGAAUACAUUUGGAAGCAGCAACCCAAAUCCCAAUGUCCUCAGAGGCGCCCUCGUGGGUGGGCCAGACGAAAAUGAUAAUUAUGUUGAUGACAGAGCUAAUUUUAAAACAAACGAAGUAACGUGUGACUACAAUGCAGGAUUUCAGUCUGCUGUUGCAGGAUUGCUGCAUUUUGCUUUGAAUGGAAAUCUUCCAGCUUCUCCGAUGCGGAAAUGCUAA